GGACCCAGUUUCAAUCCCAAAACCCUAAUCUUGCUCAUUUCCUCAAACCCUAAGCCCCUCAGUUCUCUCCCCACCUUUGUAUCUCUACCAGGCCAAGCUCGAACUUUCAAGCAUGGUCAAGAGAAGCAAAAAGAGCAAGAGCAAGAGGGUGCCGUUGAAGAAGAAGUACAAGAUAAUACGGAAGGUAAAGGAGCACCAAAAAAAGAAGGCAAAGGAGGCCAAGAAAUUGGGCAUAAACAAGAAGCCUAAGGCAGAGAAGGACCCCGGAAUCCCCAAUGAUUGGCCCUUCAAGGAACAGGAACUCAAAGCCCUCGAGGCUCGCCGCCAACGCGCCAUCCAGGAACAGGAGGAGAAGAAAGCCGCUCGAAAGGAGAGGGCUCAAAAGAGAAAAUUGGGGCUAUUGGACGAUGACGAAUUGAAAGAUGAGAGUUCUGUUGGAGAGGGGAAAAUCAGUGAGAAUUCCACUGUAUUGGCUAAGAAACAAGACCACUCAGAGAGGGCUUUCUAUAAGGAGUUGGUCAAAGUCAUUGAAGCUUCUGAUGUCAUUUUGGAGGUGCUUGAUGCUCGAGAUCCCCUUGGCAGCCGCUGUAUUGACAUGGAAAACAUGGUGAUGAAAGCAGGACCUGAAAAACAUCUGGUUUUGCUUCUCAAUAAAAUUGAUCUUGUUCCAAGAGAAGCUGCUGAGAAGUGGCUCAAGUAUUUUCGAGAGGAAUUACCCACUGUUGCUUUUAAGUGCAGUACCCAGGAGCAGAAAUCUAACCUUGGGUGGAAAUCCGGUCCUAAGUCCAGAAAGACUGGAAAAACCGGAAACGCUAGCACUAUUCUGAAAACAAGCGAUUGCCUUGGAGCUGAAACGCUUAUAAAAUUGCUGAAGAACUAUUCAAGAAGCCAUGAGAUCAAGAAAUCUAUUACUGUAGGGGUUAUUGGUCUGCCUAAUGUUGGUAAAAGUAGUCUAAUCAACAGUCUAAAACGUUCUCAUGUUGCUAAUGUUGGUGCAACUCCUGGGUUGACAAGAUCUAUGCAAGAAGUUCAGCUGGAUAAACAUGUAAAAUUAUUGGACUGCCCUGGGGUCGUGAUGCUUAAAUCUGUUGAGAAUGAUGCAUCUGUUGCUCUUCGAAAUUGCAAGAGAAUCGAAAAAUUAGACGAUCCAAUUGUUCCAGUAAAGGAAAUACUCAAACGAUGUCCAGAAAGAGUUUUGGUAACAUUAUACAAGGUUCCUAGCUUUGAUUCAGUCGUGACCAAUAGCAGGCAAAACAAGAAGCUAUACACCGAGGAAGGCAUGCUGAACACCAAGUUGAGAAAGGCGGAGAAAAAAAGACGUAAAAAGGAAAACAAAUCAUCUGCUAUGGAACAUGACAUGGACAAUGAUUAUGAUUUUAAGGUUGAUUAUGCUAGGAAGGAGUCUGCUAUGGAUGUUGGUGAUGAGGAUGACAAAGCUGAUGAUACCAAUCAAAACAAAUUCGAGUUGCCCACUGGAGUUGAAUUGGAUAAAGAUUGACAAAAUUGAGGGGAAAAAUGGAUGCUACCAAUGGAGAAAAUUUGUCAUUGCCUUAGUUGAGCAACGGUAUUGUAUUUAUAUAAUUUUGAAAGUUUUAUUGCUUUACGAAUUUUGAAAUUUUACGUGAUUCAAACAGUUGAGACGGCUUGCGUUAAUUAUCUAUGAAAGACACUUCCGAACUA